CGAGUGGUUUAUUUGGAGGCGGUCGAUUGGUGAUGUUAGUUAGUUAGUUAGUUAGUUAGUGUCGCGUUAGAAGAAGACUGUUGAAAUUCGAUACGAACACAGAAGUGCACCAAGGUGUCAUGCCGCGACGAAUGCUCAUUAAUUAACCUCUAUGUGUAAAUUAAAAUAAACGAAGAUUUCCUAAAAUCAAUUGCGCUGCAACUGUGCAUUCAUGUGCACACUGACAUCGAUUCCACUGGUACUUAGUUUCAGCCAAUUAAUUUCAAUUCUACAAAUGCUGCAUAACCGUGUGAGUAAUUGACCUGCUUCAAAUCAGCUGGGGUGCGUAAGCAUUUUCUUUACUGGUCAUGGGUGUCGUUGGUUAUCUUAUACACUUCGCAAUAGCGCUAGUUAUUGUGAAUAAAGAAGUGACUCCUACACGCGGCAUGCUUUAUCCACGUGAGUCUGAAACUCGUGAAGUACGCUCCUUAGAUGGGCUAUGGAACUUUGUCACAUCGGACGAAGCGAAUCCGACGCAAGGUGUGCGUGACAAAUGGUUCAGUGAUGAUUUGAGCAAGGUGAAGGAUGUCAUACCCAUGCCCGUGCCGGCUAGCUACAAUGAUAUAACCACAGAUAAUGCAAUUCGCGAUCAUGUCGGCACGGUGUGGUACGAUCGCAAAUUUUUUGUGCCCCGGUCUUGGGCGAAGGACCAAAGGGUAUGGCUACGCUUUGGUAGUGUACACUACGAAGCAUUUGUGUGGGUUAAUGGAGAGAUGGUUGUGAAACACGAGAUGGGUCACUUGCCAUUCGAAGCGGAGGUAACAAACUUCGUCAAAUAUGGCGAAGAGAAUCGCAUUACUGUUAUGUGCGAUAAUGCACUCAUACAAACUACAGUGCCUCAGGGAAAGAUUAGCGAAGUCAAAAAGGAUGGCGGAGUUGCAAUAGUACAAUCCUAUACGUUUGAUUUCUUCAACUAUGCGGGCAUACAUCGCUCCGUCCAUCUGUACACCACACCGAAAACAUUUAUUGAAGAAGUUGAAGUCACUUCCGAUUUGGCAGAGAAUUCAGUGGGACAUGUGUAUUACAAAGCCAAAGUUAGCGGUACGGCCUCGAAUGAAGCAGAUAGUACGCUACAAAUUCGCGUGCAAUUGCGUAACAAAGAAGGUGUUCUUGUAGCAAAUGGUACAUCGAAUGGUGAUUUAAAUGGCGCACUUGACGUAAAGCAAGUAAAGCCCUGGUGGCCAUAUUUAAUGCAUCCCGAACCCGGUUACCUCUACCAAAUGGAAUUGUUUUUGCAUACUGCCGAUAACACGCUUCUCGAUGUUUACCGACUUAAAGUGGGCAUUCGCACGCUUACUUGGAAUAAUACUUCCUUCCUCAUCAAUGGGCGCCCAGUAUACUUACGAGGCUUUGGCAAGCAUGAAGAUUCAGAUAUACGUGGCAAAGGAUUAGAUUUCGCUUUACUCACACGUGAUAUGAACUUGCUGAAAUGGAUUGGAGCAAAUGCCUAUCGCACUUCACACUAUCCAUACUCAGAAGAAUCGAUGCAAUUCGCUGAUGAAAAUGGUAUUAUGAUAAUUGAUGAAUGUCCAAGCGUUGAUACCGACAACUACAACCAGGCGCUAUUGGACAAACAUAAAUCUUCCAUGGAACAGUUAAUACACCGCGAUCGAAACCACCCAAGUGUAAUCAUGUGGUCCAUAGCCAAUGAACCCCGUACAAGCCCAUUCCAAGCGGACUCACAUUUUCAGUUCGUUGCCAAUUUUACACGCUCUCUUGAUAGUAGCCGACCGGUGACAGCUGCCAUUGCCGUACCCUCGGCCAGUGAUAGAGCUGCAAAGCAUUUAGAUAUAAUCUGUUUUAAUCGUUAUAAUGGUUGGUAUAGUAAUCCGGGCAAAUUGGAUAUGAUAACAACGCAUGUUGUCGAAGAGGCGAUCACUUGGAAUAAGAAACACAACAAACCAGUGAUGAUCGGUGAAUAUGGUGCCGACACAAUUGAGGGCUUACAUUUGCUGCCAGCAUACAUUUGGUCCGAGGAGUACCAAAACGAGUUGUUCUCGAAACAUUUUAAGGCCUUCGAUAAGCUGAGAAAAAAUGAUUGGUUUAUCGGUGAAUUUGUUUGGAAUUUCGCCGACUUCAAGACGGCACAAUCGAUAACACGCGUGGGCGGCAAUAAAAAGGGCGUGUUCACACGCAAUCGUCAACCCAAGGCAACAGCUCAUCUACUGCGCAAGCGUUAUUUUGCGCUCGGUCGCGAAUUGGAUCGUUGCGAUAUACCCGAAGAUCUAUUUCUUUACAUCACCGAUGCCACAUCAACAGGGUCGCAUGGCAAGCGGGAAACAGCGGAUUUAUAGAAACGCUACGAAGUUAACGUAUACAAAAGCUAGUGAAUGUAGUGAAUGAAAGAGCUCCACAACCAAGUUCAAUUAAGCAUUUUAAGUUUUGUCUUUUGACUGGCUGACUUUUCAUAUACUACAAUAUAUAGACGAAUCAUUUUGUAUUAAACAAAUAUUUUUAUACGCAUUUAUUAAGCUUUGAUAUACUUAAUGUUAACGGUUAAUAAAAUGUUAAAACGAAUGUCACAUGUAUGUACAUUGUAAUUAUCCAUAAUUAGAGAUGAUAAUUAGAGAGACGAACGUUCAUACCUUACCAUUGGACUAGCGUUCAAGAUUUCAUAUAGGCUUAUAACAGUGCAGUAAGACUUAAACGGCAUUUUUACAGCGACAAAGUCAAAUUAGAAACGCAAUUGCCUAAAUAACAACUCAAUGCAUAAAAUAUUCACAUAUGUAUAUAUGUAUGUAUACUUAAAUUAUUCACAAAUGCCUUAAAUUAUAAUAUAAAUAUAUUCGGUUCACUGUCGUAAAGUAAAUAAAAGUAAAAAUGUAUGUUAUAAGAGAAUAAAGAAUAAAUUAUAAUUAACACACUGAAUUUGAAAA